GCCGCUCGCCCGCGCAGGAGCACCUGUCGGCGCAGCUGCAGCGGCCGGUCCUGGCCGGGAUGGGAAGCAACGCAUCGCCCCUCCGUAGUGUCAUCCGCGGCAACUCUUACGCCGACGGCGGCGCUCCCACGACACAAAGGGCUGGGAUGCUGGACACCCGCGGUAUAAAAGUGGACGACGCCGGCGCCUGGGGCGUCACAGCACACCCAGGCCCUAGCGCGCCACGACCACCACGCCCUGCACCAUGACCACCGCAGUGAUCCGAGCGUCCUCGCUGUUGCUGCUGCUGCUGUCGCUGUUUUCGCGGGCCGCGAAGGCCGAGCCGCAGAUCGCCGCGUUCGGGAUGCCACUCGGGUCGCUCGCGCCCCUCGCGCCGCUGGCCCCCGCCGCAGCGCUCAUGAUCGGCUACCCGGCCGGCGGCGCCCAGCCGUACCCGGCCUACCCGGCGCCCCCAGCCUACGCCAGUGCCUACCCCUACUUUCACCACCACCACGGCCCGCCCUUCGGCUGGCACGGCUUCCACGGCGGCUACGGCCACCACGGCGGCUACGGCCAGCACCACGGCUACCACCACCCGCACCACGCCUACCACGGGCCGCCCAUGCCGCACUUCCACUAGCACGGGCUGACUUGUAGGCGUGUAUGAGUGUGUGCGUGUGUGUAUUUAUUUUAGUGAUUAAGUGUGAAUAAAAAGGAUGAGAGAUGGGUGCAAAACAA